AUGUUUUUAACCUAUGCCUUAUUCACGACAUAUCCCUCAUUUUGCCACCCCUUCCGAGGGGCGACGAUUCAUUUGAAUGCAAAUUUUGGUAUGGGAUCAUUUUCUUUGGCCAGUACAUAUUGGCCAAAGUCGAUGAUAAAGUAUGUCUUAGGAAAAUGCAGGGAAAACGACUUUUAUUUCAUGAUAUCUUCUUCUUGACGGAUGACCUUUAAAAUACAAUUUUGCUAUAAUAUUGUUUACUAAGUCUUUUUUUAUCAUCUUCAGAGCGUAAAAGCACUGUAAAGAGGGAUACCAAUACCAUCAAUCGCCAUUUUACGUCUUUCAAAACUUCAACUCGGUUAAUCUCUAUUAAAUGGGUGACAUGUCUGUUCUACAUUUUUUUUGUAUUGUGGGUCAUUAGAAAGGAUUAUAUGUUUAUGUUUUUCCUGAGUUUAUCUUAUUGAUCUCUUUAUUUUACCUUGUUCUGGAUGUGAUAGCGCUUUAAGUUGCAUUCCCAUAACCAUAUUUCUAGUUGACAUUCACAGGCGUAAAGUUUAUUUUAUUAUUUCUAUUUAAUUUGUAUCUGAAUCCUUAUUUAUUAUCCUGACCUUCCCGACAGAGAUGAUACUUAUCAAAAGAAUUUAGAUUUCAAAUUUUAUUUAUUAAUCUCCAUUUUUUACAAUGCAGCAACAUUUCUAUCAUUUUUCAUUGAAUUAUGCAGCUAAAUGGAUUAUUUUUUCCCUAUGUAUUGCUGAGUUUUGAUGAAGUUCAGUACUGAGGCCACAAAUCUUCUUCAAAUGUAUUCUUGACUUUCUUUAUCUCUCUUUUUUAUUUUUAUAUUCCAACUCUCAAUAGACGUGAUUUUUUCAAUUCUACAAGUGAUGAUAUUGUAUUUGUUACACUAACAUAUAAAUAUAUGUAUAUAUAUAUAUAUUACUCCAACCUGCUCAAUCCUCUUCACCAUUUAUUCAUCUUUCGCAAUUACAGAGGAUGAACAGGUGAAGGACUUCGCAUCAUGUGUCUAUUUGUAUCGCCAUUUUCAUUAACUCACACAUGCUUAGGAUUUUAUUAUUAAUAAAUUAAUCUCACCUUUAUCAUCCCAGCUUGUCAUAAAGGCUUUAGAGAAAGCAAUAUUUUAAUAUAAAGCAUUUCGUUGCUUUAUCAUCCUCAUUUAAUGAAUGCCGUCAGGAUGCUCAUAGAAGUAAUAUCACGUUAUUAUCAUUAUCUUUUCCAUCUCCCUAUUAAAGAAUAGUCGAUUACAUAUUAAACUGACCUAGUUUGAAGAUCUUCAAGGGGAAGCUAUGAUAUUAAUUAAACUUUGUGGAGAAAACUACCUUCACUGGGUUUACUUUCUUCCCAAACUUUAUAUCUUUCCUUCUUUCUACAGGUUCAUAGUCAAGGGUACUGACCUCUCCUCGUGAAAUGCCUAUAUGGCCAUACCGGUAGUGGUGUUAAGAAACACUUUAUUUUACUUGGAUUGAUUUAUUUCUGUAGUUUAUUGCUUGUAUAGCAUUAUUUUCCAUUAUUUUUCUACAAGAAAGGGUGAUUUAGAUUUAUCACCAACAAAUUUUUACCUUUUUCCGACAAAUGGCAUGCUUAGCUGAAUUCCCUCUUAGCGGGUAAAAUUUUUGGUAUUCUUUUCAUAUUCUUAUCUUCAAAAGUACAACGUUGAAUAGAGGUCAUAAUACACGUAUAGUUUUGUAUUUUUCUACAUUUACUGAUCUUUACGAAGAAGUAAAUAACUGGUAAAACAAUGCGAAACAAUAUGCUUCCCAAGACUUUCA